AUGCUAGAAAUUGGCCUCGGUUGUGACAUGAACUAUGGCCCCGGCGCCUCCUACUACACCUGGCUCGAAUACUUCCCGAAGGUGGACCUGUACUACAUCGAGUACGACGCCGCUUGUGCCGAGAGAUGGGCCGCAAACACGACUGGCGCAACAAUCUUCUCUGGAGACCAAGCAGACGUAGCUUUCUUGCAUCGCUUCAUGCGCGAGGCGGGCUCCGAUUUCGACAUCAUUGUCGAGGAUGGGGGCCACCACAUGAAUCAGCAAAUCACAUCGCUGGAGACUCUCUGGAGGGCGAUAGUGCCCGGGGGAAUCUACUUUUGUGAAGAUUUACAAACAUCAUACAUGUCCGAGUAUGGAGGGGAUGCUACUGGCAAGGGAAAGACAAUGAUGAAUAUGAUCAAGGAGAUGAUGGACGAUCUCAAUGUCAUUCCGGCAAAGACGACCAGGAAGCAUGAAGUGACCAGGGACAUGAGGUUCAUUGAUUGUCAGACUGAAGCGUGCGCAUUCAUUAAGCAGCCACUGCAAUGA